AUGUCUUCCGCAAAGACCAUUCUCUUCCUCGGAGCCACUGGCGGCUGCGGACUCUCAGCUCUACGCCGCUCCCUCGACGCCGGCUUCACGUGCAUAGCCCUGUGCCGCACCCCGUCCAAGCUGACCUCCGUCCUCCCGUCCGAAAAGUACCCCAACCUCCGCAUCGAACAAGGCAACGCCCACGACGCCGACGUGAUUGCCAGAUGCAUCGUCUCGCCCCUUGACGCAACCCGCUUCGUCGACGCCGUCGUCUCCUCCAUCGGCGCCUGGUUUGAGCUGCGCAAGAUGAACCUCGAGGACGUCAACGUCUGCGAAAAGGGCAUGACUGUGUUGCUCGACGCGAUCAAGAAGCUGCGCACCGAAAAGGGCGUCUCUGGACGGCCGCGUGUCAUUGGGCUCAGCAGCACUGGCAUUUCCAAGUUUGGCAGAGACACGCCCCUCGUUAUUCAACCUCUCUACAAGGGCCUCUUGCACACCCCGCACAUGGACAAGAAAGCCAUGGAGGAACUUCUCUUUGCGAGUGGUGAAGCCUGGACGGUGGUGCGCGCUAGCUUCCUGACCAACGGAAAGGAGCAGCCCGCAGGCACAGUCCGGGUGGGCGUCGAGGACCCCGUCAAGGGUGUUGAGGAACUGGCCAUUGGGUACAGCAUUGCCCGUGAAGACGUUGGCAAGUGGAUGUUUGACAACAUCUUGCAAAAGAAUGGAGACGACAAAUAUGUUGCCAAAGUUGCAACGGUCACCUACUAA